UCGCUUCUGCCAACAGCAGGUCCAUGCCGGUGUUUCAGAGGAGGUGUGGGCGGCCGACUUGCUUUGCCCCGUAAUCACUUGGAGGAACAAGAGCCAAAGGUCUCAAACAGGUAUCAGGAAAAGAGGAGCUCCAAUGUGUCUUCUGAAAUGGCAUUGAUUUCUGUUUGUGUGCUGUUGUUAUGCUGGUCCAGUUUAACAAGUGCAAAUCUGGCUCCUUCAGUUAAUGAGAUCCUUUACCGUGUUUGUGAGGAUGUCCCAGUCGGCGAAAUUGCAUUCAGAAUUCUUGCAACUGAUCCAGACAACGAUCCACUGACCUAUUCAUUAAGUGGGGUUGAUGCCAGUUACUUCAGCAUAUCUUCAGAGCCGUCCGAUGGAACAGUAUAUGUGGCCAGGAGCCUGGACAGAGAGAGAGGGCCGAUGGAUGUGAGUGUCACAGUUCGGGACCCUCAUCAAAGCUGUGUUGGGUGUCCAGUUGAGCUAGUACUUGUGAUAGAUGAUGCAAAUGACAAUAAACCUAUCUUUGAGGAUGCUUCAUAUGAAGCUACAAUCUCAGAGACCGCUGCAAUUGGCUCCACUCUGUUCAGGGUAUUGGCCACUGAUGCUGACACAGGACCGGCUGCAGCUAUCACCUACAGAGUUGAAGAGUCUGUUCCUAGUUCUGGACUGACAGUGUUCACAGUCAACAGCUUGGGUGAUGUCACAGUCAAUGGAAAGCUGAACUACACUUCCUUAAGCACUUACUAUCGGAUCAAAAUCAAUGCAAAGGACGGUGGAGGGAAAUGUUAUGGUGAUGUGACGGUUUAUCAAUCCAGUUCAGUCUUUGCCUUUAUCACAAUUCUGGAUGCACCAGACAUGGAUCCUCUUUUCAUCGGCGCCCCCUACACCAAAUCAGUCGAGGAAAACACACCUAUAGGCGGUUCUGUGUUAACUGUCACAGCUGUUGACCAGGAUACAGGGAUCAAUGAUAAGAUCGAUUACAGCUGGGUUGAGGAAAGUCCGUUGUUUAGUAUAGACGAGAAUGGGCUCAUUGCUGUAAAAAGUGCUAUAGAUCGAGAAGUAAUUGGUGACACAGUGGAUCUGACUGUUAAGGCAACAGAGAGGAACGUGAACAUCAAUGGAGUCCGGGCCACUGCCACCGCCUCGGUGCGCAUCACCAUCACCGAUAUGAACGACAACAGCCCUAAGUUUUACAAAUGCACAGACGAGUGUGUCCCCACCACCAGCUUCUCAGGAGACGUGAAGGAGCACUCACUAGGAGCUGUUCCCAUCGGCAUGACCGUAAAGGACGCAGAUAAGAUUGUUGAAACUGAACUCUCUCUGGAUGGAGACUAUAAAGACACGUUCACAGUGGAGCCGGCUGUGGCCUUUUCCGACAGCAUCGUGCAGCUGAUUGUUAAAAACUCUGAAGACCUGGACUAUGAAAAAAUACAGCAAAUAUCUUUAAAGGUUAUAGCUGUGGACAAACUAAACCCCGCCUUUCGCGCCACUGCAGAUGUUACCAUCAACAUCCUCGACAUCAACGACCACAACCCCACCUUCACCAAUGACACGUAUUACGCCAAAAUCCCCGAACACGUGGAUAAUGGGACCACAGUGAUCACCAUCACUGCAAUAGACCCCGAUUCAAUGGACCAGGGCAAGAUCACCUAUAGACUUCUACCUACGAGCAUACUGGGGGUCUUUGAUGUGGAACUAACCACCGGAAGGGUCUAUGUGAAAAAUGGCGCUCUCUUGGACCGUGAAUCCAGAGCGUUGUAUUCAGUGACCCUCCAAGCCCAAGACUCAGACCUCAAACCGGGAAGCACCGUCCUCGACAUCACCAUUACGGACAUCAACGAUCAUCCUCCUGUGCCCAACAGAGGUACCUACCAGGAGGUUGUGCCAGAGGGACAAAAACUGGAAAACGUCAAAAUUGAGGCCACAGACAACGACGAGCACGGCACACCAAACAGCGAGCUUGUUUUUACCAUUGAGCCCGGCCCCUUCAGUGAUGACUUUACCAUUGACGCAAAAACCGGAGUCCUGUCCAGCAAAGAGCCUCUGGACCGGGAGAGCAUCGACCCAGCUCAGAACGGGAAAAUCGAACUCAAAGUAAAGAUUUCAGACAAGGGUGUGCCUCCUCUGUCUGCUGAGGUCAAUGUCAUCAUCAACGUGCAGGAUAUCAAUGAUAACAAGCCAGUUUUUCAGAGAACCUCCUAUAGGUUCAGUGUGAAAGAAAGUGAAAAAGGUAUCUUUGUUGGCUCUGUUUACGCUACAGACGACGACCAAACAGAUGAGUUUAACCGCAUCUCCUUCAGCAUUAUCAGUGGUGCAUUAGGCAGUUUCACCAUCCGCAGUGCCCGAAAAGAACCAGGAUACAACGGCAACAUCAACGUGGACCUGGACACCGAGCUGGACUACGAGACCCAAAAAAGCUACAAUCUUGAAGUCGAGGCGGCAGAUUUUGGCCAAGAAAAAGCUAAUGUUAUUGUGGAGGUUAUUGUGGUUGAUGUGAACGACGAGAGACCUGAGUUUCAACCAAUAGUAACAUCAGUUAAUGUCAAGGAGAACAGCAAGGAAACAUGGCCUAUUGGGGACUUUUCUGCUGUGGAUAAAGAUGGAAACCACUCCCUAGUUUAUGAACAGGUGUCAGUCGAAUGCAGGUGUGCUAGGGAGUCCGUGCCGUGUAACUGGUUUGUUGUGGAGAGGAAUGGUUCUGUCAUAAUCAACCCGGAAGCUCACAUCGACUACGAGUCCUGCGACCAGGUCACAGUGGAAGCUAAUGUGGUGGACGAAUAUACAGAGAAGGGAGAAAACAGCAGUGCGACACCAGGGACGAUGGUGAUCAAUAUUUUGGAUAUGAAUGACAACCAUCCAGAGUUCAUGUACUCUGGUUCAGUGUUUGUUUUGGUGUCUGAAAGUGCAAGCAAGGGGACAUCAGUUGCUGGAGUCAGCGCUACAGACAGGGACAGUGGAGCAAAUGGACAGAUUGAUUUCCAGGUUUCAAAAGUCGAAUUCGAAGACCUGAAUGGUAGAAUAAAGGACGCAGGGAUGCUGUUUGAAGCCAUCACAACACAACAGAAAGACCUUUUUGUUGGAAUUAUUCAAUCGACUCAGAAGCUGGAUACGACAUUACAAGGAAAAUAUUUGGUGACAGUUGUGGCGAAAGACAAUGGAGGCCUCACCAACACCACUGUUCUCGAUAUCUUCAUUAUCGAUGAGACCUACAAGAUUCAACUUCGGUUUGCUACUCCCAAGUCAGAGGUUGAAGCUAAAGAAUCAGAAAUUAUCAAAGAUCUUACUUUUGCUACUAAAGCUGCUGUUCGAGUGGUUGCAUUAAAAGAAAGCGCCUCUGAAACUGCCAAGGCCACAAUUAUUACCAUCAUGGAGGCCUAUUUCGUCUACGGAAAUGGGACGGCGCUCCAAUCCCAAACUCUGGAGAAAAUACUGUCUGAGCCUAAUAAUUAUAUGACUCUGUCACAGUAUGGACUCAUUUACGUUGGCGUUGUGGAUCCAGGGGAGCCUCCAGUCAACACUGGCCUCUACGUCCUGUUUGGGGCAGUUGGAGCUCUCAUCAUUGUGACUGCUGUCCUCACCACGUCUCUGCUGUGCACUCGCAGAAACUACAGGAGGAAACUCAAAGCAGCCAAUGCGAUGAAGUCUGCCUCAGGGAUGUCUGAAAACCAAAGAGGAGGUCCGGUGGUCCCGGGCACCAACCUGUACACCAUGGAGGGAGCCAACCCUGUGCUCAACUUGAACAUCGACGCUACACUGGACAUGGGUGAAGACAGUGAUGUGGACAAAGUCAGCCUGAAUUCUCUGGACAAUAGCGAUGUCGGCACUGAGUUUGAGAAAGACACAAAGCCCAUUGUGAAGAUCCAGGAUGAGGACAAAGAUGGCCCACCUAAGUACAUCGAGAACUUGGAUGCUGCUUUAGCCCAGCGGGACAACAAGAUGACCACCAACCCUCUUCUUGGUGAUGACAAUCCCAUAUUUGACACCACAGACCUGUGAGGGGGAUGUCAAAAAACUGAGAACCAGCAUUUAAUUUGUUGAGACUGAAAGCCUUUAAAAGGUAGAAUUUCCUGGGAUGAAAUGACCACAGGGAUUGCUCUGUGAUGAGUCGCAUUUUUUGUAAUCCAGCGUUCAUUUUGGCCGCACUAAAUCAAAGAUGGCGAUGAUCUCAAAAAUAGUUGUUCUACAUUUCAUAAUCUCAUAAUGUCUCAGGAAAAAUAGGCAAACCCAUAAUGUCUGUAAAGUUUACUCACACACAAUCUCCAAAUCAAACUGGAAGAUGUCCUUCCCUAAAAACAUAUUUAUUUUAACUUGCAAACAGAAAAUAUUGUUGCACAAACUAUUUUAUUUGAGAAACAUAAUGAUGUUUGCUACUUUGAAAAAUGCAAUAAAAAACAGAGCUUUUAUGUAUAAAUGUGUAACGGCUGUAUGGUUCAGCCUGAUCCGUGUGAAUACAGCUGAUGCUUUAAAUAAUGUGUUGUCCAUGCAUAUGUGAUUUAUAUAAAAAUCAAAAUAUUAAAAUUGUGUACAUUCUGCACAGUAAUAAACCAAUGUACCAACAA